AUGGUCUGGGUACAUGAUCUUCAGCUUUUCUUACAGUGCGAUAGGGCAGACGGUCUCUCCCUGUUUGACCUCACUUCUGGUGCCUCUCCUACCCCUGCUGCUGAUGCUGACACCACUGUUCACUCACACUGGGCCACACGUGAUGCUGCUGCUCGCCUUGCUGUGCGCCGCGACUUACCGACCACUGAGCGUGCACACUUUAGCCAGUACAAGAGUGCUCAGACCUUGUACGACGCUGUAGUUGCACGCUACUCUUCCCCUGCCACUGCCGCACUGAGCCGCCUCAUGCUACCGUACCUCUUCCCUGACCUUGCUGCCUUUCCCACAGUCGCUGACCUCAUUACGCACCUCCGCACUAGUGACACUCGCUACCGCGCUGCGCUUCCUGCUGAGGACCACAUCCUCUCUGUUUGCCCCACCACUCUCACCGUUGACCUCCUCGAGAAGGCCCUCCUAGCGAUAGAGAAGAGCAUAGUCGCUGUAGGAGCCUCUCGUGGUGACCCUCGCACCUCCAUCUUUCAGGGGUGUUCUCCCUCCCCCCUCUUGCCCUUUAUUGCCUAUGCUGCUGCGGCCAACCUCGUUGGUUUCCAGUCGGUCAGCGCUGCGUCUGCCCCGAGCGGGAGACGCCGCACCGGCAAGGGCAAGAGGGGUAAGGGCACUGGAGGGGGUGGAGGGGGCGGUGGAGGUGGUGGUGGAGGCGGUGGAGGGAGUGGGGUUGGUGGUGGGAGUGGUACCGGGGGUAGCGGCGGCGGCGGCAGCAGUCAAGGCGGCUCAGGCGGUGGUGGUGGCGGAGGGAGCGGAGGUGGCGGAGGAGGCGGAGGUGGAGGAGGCGGCGGAGGCGGCGGCGGUUGCGGCGGUGAUGGAGCGGGUCGCGACUCUGCGCAGACGAGUGGCUCAUGUGGUGGUCCACGCCAGCAGCAGCGGAGUGGUGUGACUUUGUCCCCUCAGCAGCUUCUUGAGUGGAACACUCCACGUCAGCGCAGUAAAGGUUUUGGACCCUGCACUUACGUCCUCCGUACCGGCGACCGAGCUGAUGAGCAGUGCGGAGACCCGCACUCCACCCAGCGCUGCUUCAGACGCCUGACGGAUGUGUGGCGUCACCAGUUCCCUGAGGCGUCAGAGAUCCCUCACUGGGGAGAUCUGUCUACGGUAAGGGUUGCCGUCAUUUAUCUUGACUAUGAUGCUGUCCUUGCUGCCAUGUAUUCUGUGACCACUAGUGUUGAGGGUGACUGUUACCUGUGUGUACCGCCUGACCUGGGCAUUGAGGCCACCGCUCUAGGUGCUGGUGAGGCUGCUGCUCUAGGUGCUAGUGCGUUUGCUGCCCCAGGUGCCAGUGCGUCUGCUGUCCCUGGUGCUGGUGAGUCUGCUCUCUCACGUACUACGUCGGCUCAGGCCUUCCACACCUUCACCCUUGACUCGGGUGCGUACCGCUCCUUCUUUCGAGACCGCACCACUCUUAUGCCGCUCACUCGGCCAGUUGCAGUCUCCCUGGCAGACCCCUCUGGGGGUCCUAUCCUUGCUAGCUUCUCCACUGUCCUUCCGUGCCCAGCAGCCCCCUCUGGCACCCUUUCUGGUCUCUAA